UGGAUCGGUGCAUUGAACGCGUUCCUCAUACCCAGUUGCACCUUGAUAUCUGGUCUGCUGUACGACAGAGGGUGGUUCUACCAUUUGAUGAUCGUGGGGUCCUUGCUCCAAUCACUGUCCUUGUUCGCGUUAUCCUUCGCUGAGCCUGGUCAAUUCUAUAUGAUUUUCGUGGUUCAAGGUGUCCUUUCUGGGAUUGGGAUGGGCAUAACGUAUGGUCCCUCCAUGGCGGUCAUCUCUCGGCACUUCUCCAAAAGACGUACAUUGGUGAUGUCUCUCGUCGCGUCCGGUACACCAAUGGGUGCUAUUAUUCAUCCGAUCAUGCUGAAUCACCUUUUGAAUGGCACUGUUGGCUUUGCGAGAGGUGUCCGUACCAGUGCGGGUUUUGUUAGUGCCCUAUUAUUGGUCGCCUGCUUAUCCAUGCGCACGAGAGCACUGUCAACACCAACUACCAGCUACAGUGCAGUGGUACGAAAAUGCUCUCGCGAGGUUCCCUUCAUCCUCAUGACUGCUGGGAUCACGCUGUGCCAGAUUGGCUUUUACUUCCCUGUAUUCUACUUACAACUGGACUCUAUCAAACAUGGGAUCGACGUCCAAUUUUCGUUCUACUCCCUUGUGAUCUUGAAUGCUGCUUGUGUCGUCGGGCGUUGCACAGCAGGAAUAAUUCCAGCGUAUACAGGGUUGUUGAACUUGAUAAUCGUAGCCACUGCCGCAUGCAGCAUCCUCAUCAUAUCCAUGAUAGCCCUGAGUGACAUAUCCAGUGUGGUUGUAAUAGGCGUUGGAUAUGGCUACUUUUCUGGAAUUUAUAUCGCGGUGUUGGUCCCGCUAGUGACUAUGUUGACGCCCGACCUGUCGGAGCUAGGGGCGCGAAUGGGCAUAUGCUUCGUCUUCACCGCAAUGUUUUCAGGUGGUCCAAUAUCAGGUGCUUUACUUUCAUCUCAAUAUAAGUGGUUGAUACCAUCGCUCUUCAGUGGG